CCUGUUAAUUUAUUAGAGCAGGAAUACAUAUUACCAGCAUUCACUUCAGUUAACUCUUAUAGUUGUAUCUUGAUUAAUCAAGGUUAUGAACGAGUUUGUAUUAGCGUGAACACCUUGUAUAUUAACGUGAAAUAUUCAAAAUUCUAAGCUCUCAUUUUAACAAACAUUUUCAAACGAGGGACGCAUUCAAAUAUUUACACAUUUACACAGUUUAUUUCAACUACUUUGAGACGUUAGAUAGCAUAUUGUGCAAGUCAAAAUACGCAUGAUUUGUUUUAUAAGGAGUAUUUUCGUCCGAUUGUAGCAAAAUGUUUGCGCUGUGGUUGAAGUGACGCAAGAUCCGGACUGAGGCAGCGGACUGACUCGGUGAGCAGCGAGCGCCACGUCGGCAGCGGGGCUGCGCCGCUCGGCCCGGUGACAAGGAAAGGUAUCCCAGGUAAACCGACGCUGAAAUAAUCCCAGCAGGGUCAUACGGGAGAACAUCUAACGCAUCUGGAGACAAUGGUGAAGAGCGUCAACUCUGCCACACAGCAGAGUGGCUGUUACCAGGAAACCGAGGCAGACCCUCCACCCAGCCAGCCUGUAUCUGAUGAUGGGAAGGAGCAUUCGGAGACCCAGCCAGGCAUGAUGUGGCGCCUGACAGGAAGCCUCUUCAGUGCCACCAAGGGAGCGAUGGGAGCCACUGUGGGAGGUGUAGCCUGGCUGGGGGGCAAGAGCCUGCAGAUCACCAAAUCUGCAGUGACAUCUGUGCCAUCUGUGGGCGUCAGCCUGGUUAAAGGGGGCGUGGCUGCAGUGACAGGGGGCGUGUCCACAGUCGGGGGCUCAGUAGCCAGCAAAGUGCCCUUUGUCAAAAAAACAAAAGACAAGGCAGAGUGAGAUGUAAUAGUUGGGGCCACCAACUGACCCCCCCCCAACACACACACACACACACACACACACACACACACACACACACACACACACACACACACACACACACACACACACACUCCUGAGCCUUAAAACAAGACUGAACAUUUAUUCCAUCAAGCAGAGAUGAAGCAGAAUUUUAGAUUUAUUCAGUGCCUUUGUAUAGCUUUUUGCUUUUUCCCCUAGUUAUGAGACACUUUUCAGUUCAGCACGAUCCACUGUUCAGCAUGUUGGCUGUGUGCUAACCCGUCUCACGUGCUCCAUUCCAGUUUCUCCUGAUGUCUUGGGUUUUAUCACUGAAUGCUGUUUUACAGGUCAUAUUUCUACGGUUCUUUAUCUAGUACUGCUGCAGUUCUCCAUGAAUUGACAUUUUGCAGGAGCACUAAUGCAUUUGAUGCGCUGUAUGAGUGCAUCCAGUACGUGUCGCUAUAUCAGCUUGUUGGAGACUCCUCUGGUUUAGUCACACACACCCGGGGAAAUUUACUGGCUAUCCUCAUAGAAAAGAAGUUUGCACCUGUCCACAUGCAGCUGUACAGUAUGAAAUGGUCUGCAUUUUUUAUGAACAUUGCUGUUUAAAUGUUUAACUGCACUUCAAUGCAAAAGAAAAAAGUUUUAUGCCUAUCUGCCUGUGGUACAGUACUGCGGAGAAUUUUGCUAUGUGUAAUUUCAAUAUAUUAAAAUAUUUGUGUAAUACUA